UGUUUUCAAUUUCCGACAUCGGCAGCUUUGCAAGUCUCGCGGUAUUUGCUGUGGCCGGCGGGCGUGAGCCAGUGCUUUUUUCUGGCGGGCCUUUUUAGCUCGGCUCCUCGCCGGCACCCGUCUGUCGCCCGGAACCUCUGGGCUGAGCAACAUGACGUCCGCCUUGGAGAAUUACAUUAACCGAACUGUUGCUGUUAUUACUUCUGAUGGCAGAAUGAUUGUGGGUACACUUAAAGGUUUUGACCAGACCAUUAAUUUGAUUUUGGAUGAAAGCCAUGAACGAGUAUUCAGCUCUUCACAGGGAGUUGAACAAGUGGUACUAGGAUUAUACAUCGUAAGAGGUGACAAUGUCUGUAGCACACUGAGGAAAAAACGGCAUGCAGUAGACAUCUGUAAAUCUUGUACAGAAACUGUUCUGAGAAUGGUGUUCAGAAUUUUUAUCAACAUGUUAAUUGUGGAUUUUGACUUCAUAUUGACUCAUUGUAAUAUAUAAAUCAAAAUAUUUCUAUGUUUUUAUUGAAAAAACUUUUUUGCCUAAAUUAUAAGUGUGGUAGCUUCAUUUUAUUUUUCUACUGAAUGUAAUGAAAGUCUAAUGAUUUUGAAAACUUAAGAAAAUCAGUACUUUCUGAUAUUUUAAUAUUUGUGGAAAAGUAGUUGAAUUUUUGAGUUAUAUAAAUCAUGCAUACAAGUAAAUAGUACAAAAUACAUGUAUUUCUUUCCAAGAUUUUAAAGUUAUCAGAAGGUGAUCUUCUGAUGAUAUCUAAACAAAUCACUGGAAUUUAUUCUAUGGCCCUUGUGAUACUGGUAGUGCCAGUGCCUUUAAAAGUUACUGUCUAGCACUUAAGAGAUGUGGGUAAAAAUGUAUUUGGUUGAGUAAAGAAAGAAUACCAACAAAGUUUUAAUAAAUUAGAUUAAAAACUAGAAUUUGAAUAUUAAAGAUGAGGAAGAGAGGUAGGAUUAGUAGAGAAGAUAAUUUGCAAAGCCUUUGGAUGACCAAUGAGUUAGAUAUGAAAAUAAUAUGAACAUGUUACUGAAUAUGAACAUGUUAAUACUGAAUUUUAGCAGUAUAUUAUCUGAAAAAUUGAUUCCAUAUAAUCUUAAAAGCCACUGUAGUUUUUUACUUUUAAGAAUUGGGAAAUUUCUAAUAUCAAAGAGUUUUUGUUGUUUUUAUAUGUGGGUAAAUAAACCUUAGAUUUAUAUUGCAGCAGUGCUUGCUGUUGCCAGUAGCUUUCCAUGAUUGGUUGCUUCCAUAAAUCUGAUUGGAGAGGUAAACUUGGUCUUUUAAAGAAUUCAUAGGAACAAGGUUAUAAGGAGUAUUUAGAUAAUCCAGGUUAGUCCAUAGAAAUUUAUAAUGAAGAAAAUUGAAAAAUAGUUGCAUCCUUACAAUUCUAACAACAUUUAAAUAGUUUUUAAAUAUGAAAGUAUUUAAGAUAGAGGUUGGCAAAUUUCGGUAAAGAUCUAGACAGUAGAUAUUUUAGACUUUGUAGGCCAUGUGGUCACUGUAGCAGGUACUCAACCAUGCUGCUGUAACAAAAGCAGGGAUAGAUACAAAUACAUGAAUAGUCACAGGCUAUACAGAAAUAGUCACAGCUCUUUUCCAGUAAAACUUCAUUUGCAAAAACAGGCAGCAGGCUGGAUUUGCCCUGAAAGGCAUAUAGUUUGCUGAUUCAUGGCUUAAAGUACUAGGUCAGUAAGAAGAGAAGCUGCCCACUUUGUAUAAAUUCUGAAAAGGGCUUCUGGAAUGGAUCCUUUCAUAGUUUAGAGGUGAGUUUCAUAUACAUUUUAAAAUAUUUAAAACCCUUAAAGACAUAAUUUUGUCUAAUAAAUAAAACAAGACUUGUAAGGAGAAAGAUUUUUUUUCAUAGAUCAUGAAGCAUGAUUACCUUGAGAUAACUUGGUUGAUACUCAGUGAUGUAAUUAGAAGGUUAAAUAGUCAGUAUUGGUUAUUUAUAAAUACUGGCUUUGUAGUAUAAGGUUUUAGAAUUGAUUCAGUAAUAAAAUGAAAAUAACGCAAAGUGGGUAAGGUAAACAACCUUAGGGACUGAACCAAAUAUUCUAUUUUAAUCACUAAUGAUAUUUUAAAUUACUAAACUAAUUCCAAAAAUUUAAUGGCAAAACAACGUUAGCUCGCUAAGAAAUACAUUCUAACAGUAUAAAUGAAGUCAAGUCAUUUUUCCAAAGCACUUCAUAUAUGAACACAGAUUACAUAUGAAUAAGAAAACAUAAUCUGGAAAUGCAUUCCUUAUAUGAUGUGUCCUCAUUUAAAAAAUUUUAAAAAAUACGUUAGAUGUAUUUUCCUGAUGGAAAAAUUCCCCAAAUGAUAAUUUUUGUGACUUUUUAUUAAUGAUGUAUAGAUGAAGUGAAUGAUAGUGUACUGAUACACCUUUUUUUUCCGUAGAUGCACAUAACAGACUUAACCAGUUCAAAUUAAAUUUAUAUUUUCAUGAAAAUGGAAGGGAACUACAACCAAGAGUGAUGAUGUGAUUGAUAUGUAGUAUCAAAUUUUUUAUAUUCUUUAAUGAAAUUUUAAUUCUAUAAUCAUUUAUGCAAAGUCAAAUUGAUUAUGCUCUGUAAUUACCUCUGUCCUUUGUGAUUCAGGCACAGGCACAAUCCAAAACCAGUUUAUAAUUAAUUAAAAAUGUUUCUUAGAUAAUUUCAUUAAAGCUGUUUGAAAAGAAUAAUUAACUGCAAAAAGAACUUAAGUUUUUUCUUAACUAAAAAGUUAAGUAUCUAAAAUAAUAAUUUAAAAUAGCUUUGCUUUCAGGUUGAAGAACUUUGAUGAGUUAAAUGGCCUCAAGCGCUGAGGCUUUUGACUUAAAUAUUACGAAUCUUGGAACAAAUCUUGGUUCCUAGGACAAUUGAUACUAAAGAUAUUGUAUUAAUAUUUGCUUCUCUUAAACAUCAUAUUUAAUACCUUAAUCUCCCUGAACUUUUAAGCUAAUGAGUGAUGUGAAUAGGACUAAACACAACUUUCAGAUGAUACUUAAUGCUAAUACAGGAUAACCAUGGCAAUAUUUUUCUCAGACAAGUAAUGUUAAGAUUUGCCAUGUAGAGAAGAAAGUAAAUAUUCCCCUUUUAGUGCCAUGUCCACCUACUUGUCUAGUGGUUAAUUUAUAAAGGAAUGCUUAAUUAGCAAUAGAGUAUAUUCUGGCCCUUCACCUUCAAAAUUAGUGGGUAGUAGUUUUUAUUUAUUUACUGCUUAUUAUAUGCUAGGCAUGAUGCUAAAUGCUUAAACAGUGAUUUCAACAGUGAUCAACAGGGAGAUUGAGGCUUAGCAGGGUUAAGUGUCUUACAAGACAUACCAGUAGAAAGUAACAGGCUUUAACUUUUCGAGCUUCUUUUACUUAGAUUGUAUUUUCUGUCACUGGAAAGUGCAAUUUCAAAAUGGAGCAUCAGAAGCCUGAUUGAGAAAUAGAUGAGCUAAGGCAACUGCCAAAGCUGCUCUGUAGGUCAUUUUCAUUAUAAUUACGUGAGAUGCUUUAAAAAUAUUCCUGGGCCCUACUUUCAUUGAUUGUGGUCUGGUAGUUCUAUAAUUGGACAAAAAGGGAUGGUUGCUAACAGCAAAAGAAACCAUGAUAGGUGUGCUAGGAUAAAUCUACCCCACAAAAUGCUUAGGAUUCACUGAUCCUCCUGAGCUGUGACAAAAUUGGAUGGCAUUUAAGGCCCUUGAUGUGAAUUUUAAGUCAUAAUAAUAAAAAACAGCUAUUCUAAAUAUUUAAAGACCACAAUAGGUUUCAAAUUUGGGUUUUGUCAUUUCAUUUUAGUCUGUCCUAUUGGCUACCAUAACUGUACAAGGAACCUGAGUAUAUAAAUUUGAAGAAUUUAGGUUGUGUGAAAGGCAUGUAUAAGUUUAGUGUUUUAGCGAAUAUGAGUCGAAUUAAGUUUGUUUCUAUCCUCUAGACUUGGAGUUUAAGGUAAAAUUCCAAAGAUUUGUGAAGAGGAACCUCUUCAUUUUGACCUUUUUUUGGUGUGUGUGUGUGGGGGGUGCGGAGAGGUGGGUUGUUUUGAGACAGGGUUUUCCUAUGUAGCCCAAACUGCCCUUGCACUUGUAAUUCACCUCAGGCUUCCAAGUCCUGGGAUUACAAGCAUGUGUUAUCAUGCCUCACUUUUCUUUUUCCUUCUUUUUUUGGUUUAAUGAGACAGGGUCUCACUAGUCCAGUAUAGCCUUGAACUAACUCUGUAGCCCAGUCUGGGCUCAAAGUCACCAUCCUUCCUCAGCCUCCUAAUUACUGGGAUUGCAGGUAUGUGCCACCACACUGAGGUAUUCUGAACUUUUUUUUUUUUUUGGUACCAGGGAUCAAACUCAGGUCCUUGCGGUUGUGCAGCAGGUGGCGGUGAAAGCACUGACCUAUAUCCCCGGCCCUAUUCUGAACUUUUAUAGUUAUUUCCUCAUUUCUUAGAUUAUGUCAUUUUAAAUUUCAUUUAACUUAUUUUGCCUUUUUAUUUUUUAAUUUGGGCUGUUUGUGGUUUUAAAAAAUUUUUUAAGUCAUGGACAAACUUGAUAAAAUUGCUUUUUGUUUACGUAAGUGACUGAAAAAAGUUAGCAAGAUGGAGCUGUCUCCUUCAGGCUUGAUAGUGAUCCAUUAAACAGCAUACUGUUCUCAUUCAACCAGCUAUAAAUUCAUUUAAUUGCAGAAAAUCAAGUUCUUUCUGUCUUGUUUACAGGGAUUAUUGGUGUGAAAUGUGGUCAGAUGCUUUGAUGUGAUCUUUACUCUUCUUAGCUUAACUAUGUAACUUGGGCCUUGGUCUUUGUGAAUUGAUACAGCUACUUAGUGAUCAUUGCUUCCUUUGCUCUGUGUCUUCAAUUGUAAAAAAUAGAUUUUGGAAUUUUGUUAGGGACAUUUAUAAGCCAUUAAUACAUGGUAGGCACUGUAUGUGAAGAUCUGUGUAUGUCAAGGAACAAAAUUAACAAGUUCU